GUCAUAUUCCCAUCGCUGCCCCAUUUUUCGUUCGCCAUAUCUGGCUUUCAUUACGUUCGUUUCCGUAUCAUCGAUAGGGUUGCAGCGCUCUCUCCAUUUCCGAUCCCUACAUGGCGGCGAGGAUCAUGGCACAGCGAGCUAUGCAGGCUCUUCGUGCAGGGCAGCCGGCCCAAGGUAGACAAGCUUCGUUGGUGUUGAAAAAUCACUGGCAAUCAUUCAAUUCAGGCUCAUCAUCUUCAAAAUUUAAAGAUGAUGAAGAGAAAGAGAAGCUUGCUAAGGAGAUUGCCAAGGAUUGGAAUGCUGUUUUCGAGCGCAGUAUAAAUACACUAUUUCUGACUGAAAUGGUGCGUGGAUUGAUGCUGACAUUAAAGUACUUUUUUGAGAGGAAAGUUACAAUAAAUUAUCCCUUCGAGAAGGGUCCUUUGAGCCCCCGCUUUCGAGGAGAGCAUGCUCUUCGACGUUAUCCGACUGGUGAGGAGCGGUGUAUUGCUUGCAAACUUUGUGAAGCGAUAUGCCCAGCACAAGCAAUUACCAUCGAGGCAGAAGAACGAGAGGAUGGUAGUCGUCGGACUACGAGGUAUGAUAUUGACAUGACGAAAUGCAUUUACUGUGGGUUCUGCCAAGAGGCAUGCCCUGUCGAUGCCAUAGUUGAAGGUCCCAACUUUGAGUUUGCCACUGAGACACACGAGGAGUUGUUAUAUGACAAGGAGAAACUGCUGGAAAAUGGGGACCGUUGGGAAACCGAGAUUUCCGAAAACCUCAGAUCCGAGAGCCUCUAUCGCUGAGUUGUUGUGGCACUUGCCAGGCAGGGGAGGUGUUGCUAAAAACCGAAAUAAGAAGCCUCUUUUUCUGUAACUUGAACUUUAUGGUUGCUAAUUAAGAUCUCUGAGGAGACACCUAAUUCAUAACAUGCCCUUCCCUUGGAAGAGUGUUUCUAAACAUGGAAGUGGCGCUAUUUGGUGGUGAACUCAACAUUCUGCAAUUGUUGUUACUGCUACUCUUUUGUGAAUUUAGAACAAUUAAGUA